AGCCGUUUUGGCUCGGGCAGCCUGGGCGCACUCUCGAUGACAGCGUCGCCAGCGAGACACUUCGCGCCACGGACUCGGGCAGCUGGUCGCCAUGGCAGCCCGCAUCGCUCCGAUCGGCUUGCCGCUGACGAGGGCAGCGGCUGCGGUUGCCGCCGCUGCCGCGACGAAGCGUCGCAGGGUGACCCCGGCCGCCGCCGCCGCCGUGCACAGUGGAGACGUGGACGCCGCGCACGGCCCUCCCGGCGACGAGGCGGGGCGCGAGGGGCCUCCCCGCUGGCGCGUUGCCCUGGAGCGCAUGCCCGCCCUGUCGCCCGCACCGAUCCGCGGCGAAGCGCCUGCGCCAGAGCACGCCGCGCCCGUCAGGCGCAUCGCCGCCGCCGCGCUGCCCGUCAAGGAGAUGAUGGAGCGCUUCUUCGCCGAGGCACUGCCGGAGACGCUCCCCAAGGUGCUGGCCGGCCUGAAGCUCGUCGCCUCGCAGGACGCUGCCGCGCGGCCCCUGCAGGAGCAGCCCGGGGAGAUUGCCGACCCCGCGAUGGGCGAGUUGCUGGAGGACGCGCUGCGCUGCAUCCGCAUCUGCAAGGCGGCAUACGGCCCGAAGCUGCUGCACGAGCUCGUCCGUGGGCGGCGGCCCACCACCCUCUUCGGGGGCGACCCCACUAGAAUGAUGUGCACAUACGCGAAGCUGGACCCCGAGCACGUGCGGGUGGUGCACGUACGCUCCAAGGCCACCUGGUUGACACCAGCGCAUUACGUCAUUCAUGAUACGAGCCGCCGUGAGGCCAUCGUAGCCAUCCGGGGUACCUUGUGUGUUGAGGACGUCGUCACCGAUCUUGGAGCAGACGAGGUCGACUUGUUCGUGGGCGGCAAGGGCCACAGGAGCAUCUUCCAGAGCGCCUGCGGAGUGCUCCGCUCAGUGGUGCCAUCGCUUGAAGAGCUGGCUGAUGAUGUAGACACUGUAACAUUUACAGGGCACAGUCUCGGAGGCGGUGUUGCCACCUACUUGACUUUGCUGUUCUUGGAGCUCCUCGAGCUCGAGGAGGGGAGCGAGCCACAGGCGGGUAGUGCGCCAGAGGUACGGUGUUUCUCGUUCGGUUCCCCUGGCGUGUGCUCGCUGGACACGGCGCAGUCGUUGGGCCUGAACAUGUACACCUUCUCCCACGGGGAAGACGUCGUGCCGCGGCUGAGUCUCGGGCACGUGCUCGAGCUGCACGCGCGAGCGGUCGCCGCAGCUGGCGCGUCGAGAGCAGGCGCGGGCGUCAACAGGGCCGCCCAGCCAGAACAGGCCUCCCCGCGGCCACCUGCGGACGCGCGGCCGCCCUCGGACGAGUGGCACCGGCAGCCGGGCGACGACUGGCAGCGCAGGAAGCUCUACCCCGCCGGGCAGUGCUUUCUGAUCCGGGCGAAUGGUUCGGUCACGCGGCUGGAGCCCGACGACCUGGCGCGCUCUGGGCCCUGCUGUCGACCUGGGCGGAGGGAAGCGGCUGCUGCUGGACCACCUGCCGCCGAGCUACGAGCUGGCGUUAUCUGCAGCCGUUUCCCUGUGUAGGGCAGAGCGUGAUGCUGCAAGAUCCCGCUUGUAGGGUGCAGGACUCCAUGAUGGCAUGGUGAGCGGGGAGGAGGGAGGGUGGCUGGGAGAUGGGGAGCAAGGUCGGUCGGUCAGACGCAGGCUGACGACGCUCGGUUCUGCUCAAUCGCCUCACUGCGUGCAGGCUUUUGGUUCAGUGUGUGUUCACUUGGGGGCCCCAAACUCAGGAACAGCACUCUCGCGCGACGCAUCUUUACAGCUCA